CUCAACUUGCAAAACCUAUCCUCUUCCUUCUUCGCUCGUUACCAAAUGACACCUCCAUGAGCAACAACAACAACACCUCUUAAACCCUUCCAACAAACUCAUAGCAACCAUGAUAGGAGCUUCGAGAACAAUCCUCUCCCUCUCUCUCUCCCUCUCCCUCUUCACCUUCUCCAGAACCACCCCUCACGUCAUCCCACUUCUCCGCCUCCACAAACCAUUCCACCACCCUCUCCGCCGCCCUCUAUGCGCCGCCGCAACCGCUCCGACGGAACCGAACACCGCGGAUCCCGAUCAAUUGAAGCACACGAUCUUGCUGGAGAGGCUUCGUCUCCGACAUCUGAAGGAAUCGGCGGCGAAACCGCAGCAGAGGCCGAGCAGCGUUGUUAUCGGCGUAGAUGAAGAGAAAGUGUCUAAGAAGAAGAAGAAGAUGGUAGAGAGUUUCGAGGAGCUAGGGCUAAGCGAGGAAGUGAUGGGAGCUUUGAAAGAGAUGAACAUUGAGGCUCCUACUGAGAUUCAGUGUAUAGGAGUACCUGCUGUUAUGGAACGCAAGAGCGUCGUCUUGGGCUCUCACACUGGCUCCGGCAAGACUCUUGCCUACUUGCUUCCUAUUGUUCAGCUGAUGAGAGAAGAUGAGGCAACCCUUGGUAAGAUAACAAAGCCUAGGCGUCCCAGGACUGUUGUUCUCUGUCCCACCAGAGAACUCUCUGAGCAGGUUUACCGUGUGGCAAAGUCGGUAAGCCACCACGCGAGGUUCAGAUCUAUAUUGGUUAGUGGUGGUUCUCGGAUAAGACCACAGGAGGAUUCUUUGAACAAUGCAAUAGACAUGGUUGUUGGAACCCCUGGUAGGAUUCUUCAGCAUAUCGAAGAAGGAAACAUGGUCUAUGGAGAUAUUGCGUAUUUGGUGCUUGAUGAGGCAGACACUAUGUUUGAUCGUGGCUUCGGUCCUGACAUUCGCAAAGUUUCUUGCCCCACUGAAACAGCGUACGUUGAAGACAAUGACCAAGGAUUCCAAACCGUCCUAGUGACCGCCACUAUGACAACGGCUGUUCAGAAGUUAGUCGAUGAGGAGUUUCAAGGGAUAGAGCAUUUACGAACAUCAACAUUGCAUAAGAAGAUAGCAAACGCUAGGCAUGACUUUGUCACUUCAGGUAGCGAAGAUAAGCUAGAAGCACUUCUACAGGUUCUUGAACCUAGCUUAGCCAAAGGGAGCAAGGUGAUGGUCUUCUGUAACACUUUGAACUCCAGCCGCGCUGUCGAUCACUAUCUUUGAAACCAGGUCUCCACUGUGAAUUAUCACGGUGAAGUUCCAGCAGAACAAAGGGUUGAGAACUUGAAAAAGUUUAAGGACGAAGAAGGAGACUGCCCCACACUGGUGUGCACAGAUUUGGCUGCGAGGGGUCUGGACUUGACGUCGAUUCAUGUAAUCAUGUUUGAUUUUCCAAAGAACUCUAUUGACUACCUUCAUCGCACUGGAAGAACAGCUCGCAUGGGAGCUAAAGGAAAAGUAACGAGUCUGAUAAGCAGGAAGGACCAAAUGUUAGCAGCGAGGAUCGAGGAAGCUAUGAGGAACAACGAGAGCUUAGAAGCACUCACCAACGAUAACGUCAGGAGGGAUGCUGCAAGAACCCAAAUCACUCAAGAGAAAGGAAGGAGUAAGCAGAUCAGAGCGGUGAGCAAGCAACGAAACACUAGAGAGAGAGGAACAUCAUCAUCUCCACCUGCAAGAUCAGCAGGUUCGAAGACACCAGUGAGGAAGUCUACUUCUUCAGUGAGAAAAACCACUUCGGGAAGAGCAUCGUCUGCUCCAGAAAAAUCCACAAAGCCGAAGAGAAAAAUAUUAAAGACGGUUGGAUCCAGAUCGAUAGCUGCGAGGGGGAAGAAGGGUUCAGAAAGCAACAGGUAAGAAACUAAGGUUGUUGGGUUCAGAGGUCGGUCUUCUGCGGCUAGACCCUCCUCUUAA